UUAUUACAAGAAGAAGUUGUGAGAGAAAAAGAAAAAUGGUGAAGUUGUUUACUAGUGGAGUAAGGCAUCUUUUUGUAACGGUCUUUCUCUCUACGGCGGCGGCGAUUAUGGUGUUGCCGGCGAUAACCGACGUCACCAUGGCGGCGCUCUGUCCCGGCCGUGAUGAAUGCUCUCUCGCCAUCUAUCUCACCGGUUCCCAGCAGGCGCUAUCAGGAUUUGGAGCGGUAGUGAUAACGCCACUGCUAGGGAAUUUGUCGGACAAAUACGGAAGGAAAGCCCUGCUUACAUUACCUACCGCAAUCUCCAUUAUCCCACUCGCGAUAUUGGCAUACAGCAGGGAGAGAAGGUUCUUCUAUGCAUAUUACGCUACGAGGACUCUCACUGCCAUGGUCUCUGAAGGAACUGCUGCUUCCCUUGCUCUCGCUUAUCUGGCAGACAACACUUCACUUGCAAAUCGAGCUUCCGCAUUUGGUUUGUUUACUGGAGUUUGCUCUGCUGCUUUUGUUUGCGGAACCUUAGCAUCUCGCUUCCUCGCUACUGACUACAUUUUUCCGAUUGCUGCAGUAUUCUCCAUGGUCGCAACUGUAUACAUGAGAAUUUUUCUCAAGGAUCGUUUGCCUGGUAGAAGUGAUUUAGUACAGCCAAUGUUGAAGGAAGAAGUGCCGGAAUUAACCGACCGUGAGGACGAUGGUGGUGAAUUGCCGAGACCGACGCAACCUUUCAGAAAGAUGCCAACUCUGCAUGAUGUUAUUACCUUAUUCAAGAGCAGUACACUACUUUCAAAAGCCGCAGUUGUUGUAUUCUUUACUGGCCUCGGUGAGGGAGGGAUUCAAGCCUCUAUAUUGUACUAUUUCAAAGCUCGAUUUCACUUUGAUAAGGACCAGUUCGCAGAUUUGAUGCUACUUAAUGGGGUGGCAGGAACCGUCUCGCAGCUUGUUUUGAUGCCCCUGUUGGUUCCUGUUCUAUCUGAAGAUAAGCUACUUUCAUUAGGUCUUUUGGUGGGAAGCAUCGGUACGGUCAUUAACAGCAUUGCCUGGGCAAUUUGGGUUCCUUAUGCUGUAACUAUAUUUUUUAUUUUCUCUGUUUUUGUGAGCCCAUGUCUACGCAGCAUUGUAUCAAAACAAGUUAGUCAAUAUGAGCAGGGGAAGAUACAAGGAUGCCUUUCAGGGUUAAGCUCUCUCGCCCAAAUUGCAGCUCCCAUAAUUUUCAGUCCUCUUACAGCUUUAUUCUUGUCUGACCAUCCACCCUUCUACUUCCCCGGCUUCAGCCUUUUGUGUAUCGCCAUCACUUCAGUGAUUGCUUUGAUUCUAAGCCUCAUGAUGAUGGCCUCCCCUAGUAGCUUAAGUCAACAACCCAGUAUCAGUGGCAGCAUAGAAGCCUAGACGUUGUAGUCUUCGGCAAUGGAUCUUUGCAAACAUGGGGCUUCGAGGAGAUUAUUCCUAUUCCAGUACGCAAGUCACAGAGGAUGCAACCUCUUGGAUUUUGCUGGUGUGUUAUCGAACUCUUUAGAAAUUUUCAAUUUAGAAAUGUAAUUAAAUUAUAAUUUUGGACUUUGGCAUGGUUAGAGGUAUAUCAAUUUCUAAAAUGCAUAUUUGAAUUGAUACUUCUUUAAGGAAUGCUUUAUUUUAUUUUUUUUAUUUAUUCUUUCUUCUUCUUUAAAUUGGAAAACAGAAGUUAGAGGUUGAGAAAAGAGUUGUUAAAUUAUGAUAUGGAGGAGGUUGUUGCGGAGAAUUGCUCCAUAGAUUGUUCUUAGAAAUCAAGUGAAUUGUUAAUACCACGAUUCAUCAUAUUUGAAGUUUAAAA